AUGCCACUGCCAUCGGAUUGGCUUUUACGGCACUCUGUGGUCAUGUGGUUGCUUCUGCAGAGCUUGGUGCUAAUGACCCUCUGCUUCCACCAUGCAGCCACAUCCUGCUCUAAACAUUGCUACUGCUCAGACAGCGAAGGGCAGUCGGGGGGCAAGACGAUGCGUUGCAGCAACCUGCGUCUCACGGAGAUCCCUCGGGACAUACCUAAUGACACGCGCCGUCUCUAUCUGGACUACAACCUCCUCACCAGUGUCCCUGCCAACACCUUCCAGAACCUUCCCUUACUUACUGAACUCGACUUGUCUCACAACGAGUUGGCUAAGUUGGAGCCCGGUGCAUUCCGGGGCCUGGCUGCCUCUCUGCAGUUUCUGGACCUUUCCUCCAACAAACUUGAGACCCUUGACCCGGAGGCGUUUGAGGGUGUGCAGGCACGUUCCAACCUGACCAACAACCCUUGGCGUUGUGACUGUGCGCUGCAGAUGGCAAUGCCACGCUUGGCCCUGGAACCUGUGUCGUUGAAAGGCAUUGUGUGUGAGACUUCAGUGCCUGAGGAUGCAGGUGUUCAGGGCGAGCCCUUCCUGCUGGCCAAAGACCUGGACCUAUGUGUCGCACUGAAGAAGACCACGGAUGUGGCCAUGCUGGUCACUAUGUUUGGCUGGUUCACCAUGGUCAUUUCCUACCUGGUCUACUACGUGCGGCACAACCAGGAGGAUGCCAGGCGCCACCUGGAGUAUCUCAAGUCUCUGCCCAGCAGGCAGGGCAAAUCUGAGGAGUCUUCCACCAUCAGCACUGUGGUAUAG